GCGAUUUGGUUUUUUAGUGAUCAAUGGUCCAGUGAGUUGUGCGGGUUGCGGGCUCCACGAACAAAUCGAAACGGCGAGAUAUAACAAUAAGUGUAGAAAAUGUUGCAAAUGAGAUUUGUGUUUUUAUUCAUCUGCUUACUUCUGCUGCUUGGCAGUCAGUCCACUGAUGGUUUUAUUAUCCGUUUCAUCACGGAGACGUUGCAGAACAAUGUGGCAGGUGAGCCAGUAAUUCACGAGCGGACCAACUGGAAUUUCGAUCCCGAGGGAGCGAAGAAGGCGCGUGCCAUUUACUACGAGAAAAACGGUUAUCGUUCUGCGAAAUUCAUAGAGAGCAUUGGCGUGGGACUCGAUGGUUACCACGAGGAGCGUCGCCAGCAGCAGCAGGAACGCGAUGUGGGACGUCUCAAUGGCGAACACUUUAUCAACUUUCCCGCCGAGCCGCCUAGUCUAUAAGGUAGACACUGGGGAGGGAGGAGAGGGUGGUAGGAAGAAUAUAGUAAAUCCUAGAUGCUUGUGGAUGCAUAUCUAGCGCAUUGUCAUCAUUUUAAUUUGCUGCGAUUAAUUGUCAUUAAUGUGCUUCACAAGGAUUUGCAUAAUUUGCCAACGUUACACAUAUGUAUUCAUGCAUCAUUCAACUGCCAGGCUUAUUGUUAAUGGCACUUGAGUCAAUGGGGAAUGGGAGGGGAUGACAAGAGGAGGGGAGAAGCUUCGUGUGUUGUUGUGGUUUUAAUAAACGUUAUUAGCGACUGCCAACUGCAGAUUGCAACUGCAAAUUGCGGCAAUUACAUUUCGCCAAAGCGAAAGCAAAAGCAGCUACUUUUAUAAUUUCAUAAUACUGCGCAUAAUUGAAGCCAAUUUCACUCGCAACUGGCAACGCGCAGUUGGCAACAGUCUCCCUUUGCCUGCAAUCAGUGCAUUGUGUGUGUGGGUGCGUGUGAGCAGGACAAGAGAAUAACUGACAGCGCCGAUAAGUAGGCUACAAAUAAAUUGCGCACAAUUGCAGGUAAUUCGAAUUUCGAACACACAUUCCAUAAUCCGCUUGCAGUUGUAAUUUCGCAAAUGAAAUACGUUGAAAGUGAUUAAAGAUUUAGUCUUUAGCAUGAGUAAAGAA